UUCUUCGGGUCAGGUCUCUUCCAUAGCUUAGGUUUUUAGCAGUUUAAAUUCUGGCCUAGUGUUUUUGGGCUAUGGGUUAGUUUGGGACUUCUCUUUGUAUGGGCCUCUAUUUGUUUGUCCUCAUUUCAUAGUGCUUAAUAUUUCUGAAUCUAACUUACCUUUCCGGGAAAAAGAAACUAUUUAAAAUGGAUUUGUUUUUUUUCACAAUUGUUCAGUGCGGUUUAGGAUAGUUGGCUUUCGCCCACCCGACCCGGGUUUAAGAACGGGUAAUGGAAUUUAAUCAUUUCCUUUUUCCAAAAUUCAAUUUUAUUUUCUCCCAAGGCACAAUUCGGUGAUUGUAGCUUGUAUGCAAUUUCGCAUUAUCUGCUAUCAAUUUUGGCUCUUUCCAUCUUCGAUUGAUGUUUGCGUUUUCUCGCUUCUUCCUUUUCAGCUCUUGAUGGUUCGGCAAUCUUUGUGGGAAAAUUGAACCCCGAUGCAAGUAGAAGUGAAGAAUGAAUAUGAGGCAUAGAGAACCACCAAAAUUCCCUUGCAUAGAGACAGAGCUAGACAGAAUCAGCAGCUUACCAGGUCAUAUUUUGGACCAAAUUUUAUCGCAGCUGUCAAUUAGAGAUGCAGUGAGAACAAGUGCUUUGUCAAGGAAAUGGAGGUAUAAAUGGGCUAAAAUUCCCCAUCUUGUGUUUGAUAAUAAUUGUGUCCCAAAUCCAUCUCAAGAUCAAACUCUCAUAAAAAACAAGCUUGUCAACAUUGUUGAUCAUGUUCUCUUACUUCAUACUGGCCCAAUACACAAGUUCAAACUUUCUCACCGAGAUCUUCUAGGUGUUAGUGAUAUUGAUCGAUGGAUUCUUCAUUUAUCAAGAAGCUCUAUUAAAGAAUUCAUACUUGAAAUAUGGAAGGGACAGCGCUACAAAGUACCAUCUUCUUUAUUCUCAUUUGAACAUCUGAUACAUUUGGAGCUAUUCAAUUGUUUGCUAAAACCUCCUUUAUCAUUCAAAGGGUUCCGGAAUUUGAAGAGCCUUGACCUUCAGCACAUUACCCUGACUCAGCAAGUGUUUGAAAAUCUAAUUCUUAGCUGCCCUCUGCUUGAGAGGUUGACAUUGAUGAACUUUGAUGGUUUCACUCACCUUAACAUCAAUGCUCCAAACCUUCAAUUUUUUGACAUUGGAGGGGUUUAUGACGAUGUCAGUUUUGAGAAUACCUUUCAGUUAACUCUCAUCUCAAUUGGCUUGUAUGUAAAUGUAAAAAAUGACCGAAAUGUGGUUCAUGGGAACUCUAGUAAAUUGCUCAGGUUCUUUGCUAAUCUACCUCAUAUUCGAAGGCUCGAGGUUCAGAGUUUCUUUUUGAAGUAUUUGUCUGUUGGCAACAUUCCUAGCAGAUUGCCAAGACCGUGCAUUGAUCUGAAUUACCUUUCUAUGCGCAUAAAUUUCAAUGAUAUGGAGGAAAAUUCAGCUGCCUUGUGUCUUUUAAGAAGUUCUCCUAACGUGCAAGAACUGGAGAUGCUGGCACGCCCAGAGGAACAAACUUCUAUGGGAACAAUAUCUAACUUUUGGGAGGAUGACCAUUGGGACAGUCUCUUUGGCCAACUACGACUUGUGAAAAUUGUUGGCAUUUCUGGUGUCAAAUCUGAACUUGAUUUCAUUAACUUUCUGCUCUCAAACUCACCUGUUCUUGAGAGAAUGACUGUUAAGCCAGCUUCCAAUGAUGGAGGAUGGGAGUUGCUAAAAGAAUUGCUGCGAUUCCGUCGGGCUUCAGUGAGAGCAGAAAUCAUUUAUCUUGACCCGUAACUAUGAUCUGUUUGCCUUGGCAACCAUUGAAAAAUGCUUAACAUGUAAAAAGUAAUCAAACUUCUUGUGUAUAUGCAUAUGUUGCUUCAGAAAAUUUGCCAUCUGUAGUUGAUCAUGUGGAAACAUGAGAUUAAAAAAAUGGUCUUUUAUAAUGAACAA